AUGUACGAGAACUUCGCUGAGCUCUACGCCAUCAUCAAAGCUACUGAGAAGCUCGAGAAGGCUUACAUCCGCGAUCUCAUCUCACCAUCCGAAUACGAAACCGAGUGCCAGAAACUCAUCGUCCACUUCAAGACGCUCUCAGCGACGCUCAAAGACUUGGUCCCGAGCAUCGAACGGUUCGCGGAGACGUACAAGAUGGAUUGCUCAGCUGCAGUGUAUCGCCUCGUGACUUCAGGUGUUCCAGCUACUGUGGAGCACCGAGCUGCUGCGGUGGCUUCGACUUCGAGCUCUGCUUCUGUUGUAGCUGAGUGUGUUCAGAAUUUCAUUACUUCCAUGGAUUCUCUCAAGCUUAACAUGGUCGCUGUUGAUCAGGUGUAUCCGUUGCUGUCUGAUCUCUCUGCUUCUCUGAAUAAGCUGAGCAUUUUGCCGCCGGAUUUCGAAGGGAAGAUCAAGAUGAAAGAGUGGCUCUUGAGGCUGUCUAAGAUGGGUGCUUCUGAUGAGCUCACUGAGCAGCAGGCGAGGCAACUUCAUUUUGAUCUUGAGUCGUCUUAUAACUCAUUCAUGGCUGCUUUGCCUAAUGCUGGUAACUAA